UUUCAUUCAUAUCAUUAGCUGUGAACUAACUUCAUCGGUUAUAAACACACUAUAACGCCGACCCGACGGAUCAUCGUCAGAUAUAGAGUUAGCCUAUACAUAACUCUAUUCUGAUCAGAUCUUGGUGGCCUGGUUAUUAAUUUACACACAACUUAAAGAGUUUCAUCAUAUCAAUGGCUCUCUUGGGUGGUCACUUGGCUUUUACUUUUGGAGUGCUUGGGAACAUAGUCUCCUUCAUUGUUUUCCUCUCUCCUUUGCCUACAUUCUAUAAGAUUUACAAGAAGAAAUCGGCAGAGGGGUAUCAAUCGAUUCCGUAUGUGGUUGCGCUCUUCAGCUCGAUGCUAUGGAUAUACUACGCCUUCCUGAAGUCGAACACCACCCUUCUCAUUACCAUAAACUCAUUUGGGUGUUUCAUCGAAACCAUUUACGUUAGCUUCUACAUCUACUACGCGACCAAGGAAGCGAGGAUGCAGACAGUGAAGAUGAUUGUAUUGAUGGAGCUCGUAGGUUUCGGGGCCGUCGUCCUCGUCUCCCAGUUCCUCUUCCAAGGGGUGGUUCGUGCCCAAGUUGUCGGUUGGGUUUGCCUCGUUUUCUCCUUGUGCGUUUUUGUCGCCCCUUUGUGUAUUGUGAGGCAAGUAAUCAAGACAAAGAGCGUUGAGCACAUGCCAAUUCUUUUAUCAAUUUUCUUAACAUUCAGCGCGGUCAUGUGGUUCUUCUAUGGUUUGCUCUUGAAAGACAUAAACAUAGCGGUGCCGAAUGUAUUGGGAUUCUUCUUUAGCAUUCUCCAAAUGGUUCUUUACAUGAUUUACAAAGGGAAGAAUGAGGACAUGAAGAAGCUUCCCCAGCAAGUACCACUCCCACCGAAGUCUCCGGUGGUACUGGUGUUGGAACCGGAGGAAAAGAAGCAGCAACCGCCGGAGCUGACGGAGGAGCAGCUCGUCGACAUUGUGAAGCUCGGAGCUUUCCUUUGCUCCGAAAAGAUCCAUUUCGGCAAGAGUAACCCGGGCGAGGUGGAGAUUUCAAAGUUGGAUGUAGAGCCGAGGCUGACGGCUGUCAAUUAGGUCAUUUGCGUGCAUGCAUGCAGAUUUUGGCCUGUUUAUGUUAUCUGCAAACUGGCUGCUAGCUGGUUCAAGUAGUUUGCGUAAAGUUUAUAUAUGUAACUUGCGUGCUUUUUGUACUUUUAUAUUGAUUUUCCCAUAUCAUGCAAUAAAAAACGUAAUUUGUUUUUGAGUUCUAAUAUCCGUACAAAAAUGUGCUCUUUAUUAACCCAUUCUGGUAUUUUUACAUUCCUUUGCCCAAUUAGC